GAUGAUUGAUGAUGUUGGUAAGUAAUUAACAAAAAUUCCAUUGGUUGAAUCAAAAAGCUGAUUUGAUGAUAUCUGGACAAGUAGAAGCACCAGGUAAAUAGUUCCUCGACUAACCCCAUCUCCUCACUCUUUCACCAAUGAUCAAAAUCAACGCAUCUCGCUCCACUGAGAUGCCCUUCUCCUCCCGCCGCUCUGCCGGCGCCUGGCCUCAAUCCCUCCUUCCCACCACCAAAUCCACACCCAAACAACCACGCAAGUCUCGAAGACGCACCACCACCGCCUUCGUCGACUUCUUCAUCUCAAACUUCUUCAGAAUCUGCCUAUGCUUCACCCUCUUGUUCUUCCUUUUCAUCAUCUUUCGCUCCACCGCUGUACCUAAACCCUUGCUUUUNCGCUCUUCCACAUUGCGAGGCCGCUCCGCCAGGUCUCGCAAGCCUCUCCUCCACAAGUUCCCCAACGAUACCAUUUUGGCAGCCUCUGUAGAUAUUUCUACCAAAGACCUCUAUGAUAAGAUCCAGUUCCUGGAUGAGGAUGGCGGUCCCUGGAAACAGGGAUGGCGCGUGAGUUAUAAAGGGAAUGAGUGGGAUGAGGAGAAAUUGAAGGUGUUUGUGGUGCCGCAUUCGCAUAAUGACCCUGGAUGGAAGCUCACUGUCGAGGAGUAUUACGAUCGGCAGUCUCGGCAUAUUCUUGACACUAUUGUCGAAACUCUUUCCAAGGACAACCGACGAAAGUUUAUAUGGGAAGAGAUGUCUUAUUUGGAGAGAUGGUGGAGAGAUGCUUCAGGUGCGAAGAGACAAUCCUUCAUCAAUUUAGUACGGAAUGGACAGCUGGAAAUUGUCGGAGGUGGAUGGGUGAUGAAUGACGAGGCUAAUUCACAUUAUUUCGCUAUAAUCGAACAGAUCACAGAAGGGAACUUGUGGUUAAAUGAAACUGUUGGAGUUAUUCCCAGGAAUUCAUGGUCAAUUGAUCCAUUUGGCUAUUCAUCCACUAUGGCGUAUCUUCUCCGUCGCAUGGGUUUUGAGAACAUGCUGAUACAGAGAACACAUUAUGAGCUGAAGAAGGAAUUGGCACGGCAUAAGAAUUUGGAGUAUGUAUGGAGGCAGAGCUGGGAUGCUGAGGAAACAACUGAUAUCUUUGUCCACAUGAUGCCCUUCUAUUCUUAUGAUAUUCCACAUACCUGUGGUCCGGAGCCUGCUGUUUGUUGCCAGUUUGACUUUGCUCGAAUGCGUGGAUUUGUUUACGAGCGUUGUCCCUGGGGAGAACAUCCUGUGGAGACUGCGCAGGAAAAUGUGAAGGAGAGGGCACUUAAACUAUUGGAUCAGUACCGCAAGAAAUCUGUACUUUAUCGAACGAAUACACUUCUUGUUCCCCUCGGUGAUGAUUUCCGCUACAUCAGUAUUGAUGAAGCAGAAGCACAGUUCAGAAACUAUCAAAUGUUGUUUGAUUAUAUUAACUCUGAUCCUAGCUUGAACGCUGAAGCUAAGUUUGGUACUCUGGAUGAUUAUUUCCGUACCCUGCGUGAGGAGGCUGACAGAAUAAAUUAUUCACUUAAUAGCGAGAUUGGGUCUGGUGAGAUUGGAGGCUUCCCCUCUUUAUCUGGUGACUUCUUUACUUAUGCUGAUAGAAAUCAAGACUAUUGGAGUGGCUAUUAUGUCUCCAGGCCUUUCUUCAAGGCUGUUGACCGUGUACUGGAGCAAACUCUUCGCGGUGCAGAAAUGAUGAUGGCUUUUCUACUAGGUCACUGCCAGAGAGUACUAUGUGAGAAGCUGCCUACUAGUUUUGCAUACAAGUUGAUUUCUGCUAGACGGAACUUAGCUCUAUUUCAACAUCAUGAUGGUGUGACUGGUACAGCUAAGGAUCACGUGGUUGAAGACUAUGGGACACGGAUGCACAUGGCUUUACAGGACUUGCAAAUUUUUAUGUCCAAGGCUUUUGAAGUUUUGCUUGGAAUUCGCCAUGAAAGAAAUGAUCAGAAUCCAGCUAAUUUUGAACCAGCACAAACAAGAUCUAGAUAUGAUGCUCAACCCAUUCACAGGGCGAUUAGUGCUCAUGAAGGAACUGUACAGGCUGUGAUCCUUUUUAACUCACUGGAGCAAAUAAGAAAUGAGGUGGUGAUGGUGGUUGUUGAAAGACCAGAUGUUACAGUAUUGGACUCAAACUGGACAUGUAUCAAGAGCCAGAUCUCUCCUGAACUGCGCCAUGAUAGAAAAAAAAUAUUUACAGGUAGACAUCGUCUUUAUUGGAGAUCAUCUGUUCCUGCUAUGGGGUUGCAGACUUAUUAUAUUGCGAACGGUUUUGUUGGAUGUGAGAAGGCCAAACCAGCUAGUCUGAGAAUUUCCACUCUAUCCAAGCUGCUUUCUUGCCCACACCAUUAUUCCUGCUCUAAUUUAGAAAGUGACACAGUUGAAAUCAGCAAUACUCAUCAGAAGCUCACCUUUAAUGUAAGUCAUGGCCUGUUGCAGAAAAUAAGUCAUAAGAAUGUUGAAUUGAAUAUAGUUGGUGAAGAAAUAAGUAUGUACUCUAGCACUGAGAGUGGAGCCUACCUCUUCAAACCAAAUGGUGAUGCUGAGCCUAUCACACAAGCUGGUGGAGAAAUGGUGAUCUCAGAGGGCCAUUUGGUGCAGGAAGUUUUCUCUUAUCCAAACACAGCAUGGGAGAAAGCUCCAAUCUCCCACAGUACCCGUAUAUAUAAUGGUGAUAGUAGCAUACAGGAAUUUGUCAUUGAGAAAGAGUAUCAUGUUGAACUUCUUGGAAAUGAGUUUGACGAUAAAGAACUGAUAGCUAGAUAUAAAACCGAUGUCGAUAACGAGAGAAUCUUUUACUCUGAUCUGAAUGGCUACCAGAUGAGCCGUAGGGAAACUUAUGACAAGAUACCUGUGCAGGGAAAUUACUAUCCAAUGCCUUCUCUUGCAUUUAUGCAAGGUUCAAAUGGAGAACGCUUCUCUGUUCAUACUAGGCAGUCCCUAGGUGUGGCUAGCUUGAAAAAUGGGUGGUUGGAGAUCAUGCUUGAUCGUCGUUUAGUAAGAGAUGAUGGACGCGGUCUGGGCCAAGGAGUGAUGGAUAAUCAUCCCAUGAAUGUGAUUUUUCACAUCUUGGUGGAGUCUAAUAUUUCAUCAACUGCAAAUCCCAUUCUGAAUCCUCAUCCGCUCAGCCCCUCUCUUCUCUCUCAUCUGGUUGGUGCUCACUUGAACUAUCCUAUACAUGUAUUCAUUGCUAAAACCCCUGAAUCAAUAUCCAUGCAGCCACCUCCUAGAUCCUUCUCUCCUUUGGCGACUUCCUUGCCAUGUGAUUUACAUAUUGUGGGCUUUAAGGUUCCUCAACCUCACAAAUAUUCUCAGCAGCCCAUUGGAGAACCCAAGUUUGCUCUCAUUUUACAUAGGCGACACUGGGAUUCUUCAUUUUGUCGAAAAGGCCGGUCGCGGUGUUCGGCUAUAGCUGAUGAGCCAGUCAAUCUGUUUGAUAUGUUCAAAGAGAUUGCUGUUUUGAGUGCAAAAGCUACUUCUAUUAAUCUUCUACACGAAGAAAUUGAUAUGCUUGGCUAUAGUGAGCAGUUUGGCAUUGGUGCUCAGGAAGGGCAUGUCCUUAUCCCUCCCAUGGAAAUACAGGCUUACAAAUUGCAAUUACAGCCUAGGGAAUAUAAUACUUUCUGAUUAUUGGUGCGGAGUGUAAUGAACCAUGGAAUGAGUCCAACUGCUACUUCUCUUGAUUCUGGAGCUUUGUUCAUGAUUGAAACAGAAAUUUUACAUCGUGAAGUUGCAAUUAAGUGAAAGAUCUUGCUGCCGAACCUCCUGGGAUUUUGUAGAGUUAGUUGCUGUUUGCAUCAAAAGGUUUGGGGAAAUAUUUUGUGCUCCCUAACUUUGUUAAUAGAUACAGGGAGAACUUCUUUUGGCGUGAUGCUGCUGUUAUCCUGUACAAGAACUGCAUAUUUGGCUGGUGAUCUUCAAAGGUGCUGAAUUUAGGAAAUGUGGGCGGCACUCCUUGCAGAACUUAGGUGAAGAAAUGAGUUAACACUAAAUAGUAUGUAUUUUACUUCAGCUGAAAGUUUACAAGAUCUAAUAGAUGAUUAGAAAUGUGAUAGCGUUACCGUUGAAAAUCAUUUCUGAUAACAGGUACUGCUAAUUAGCCCUUGUGUUUUCGAUUUCGUCCAAGCCCCAUUCAGAUCUGAUGUCACUUCUGGUUCCUAACUAACAGUGUGCUUAUCCUCUUCGACUGUC